CAUAAUUGGCCAUACUCCUAACACCAUUCCAGCUGAUUGGCGCCGCGCUGGUGCAUGUUAUUCAAUUUGUGGAGUUAGCAUUAAAGAGUGAUCUGAGCUUCGUUUCCAACUCGAGCAAGCCGCUGGCGUUCAAAUCGUGAAGUCUGCGUGAUGUCGAUGAUGGCACUGCACCGCACUCCACCCGGCUGCUCUUCAUAUCCUAAUCCAUGUUCUUUUGUCCUACCUAAACGAUCCACCAGCCAAGCGAAGGUUGGGCGAAGUUUUCCAUAUCUGAGGAUCAUUAACGCUGUAUGCUAGCUGGAACGGUGCCUAAACUUUAGGUGAUGACCGAUCAGGAAGGAAUGCCUCCCUCGCUUCCCCGUAUUUAAACUCGCUCUUCUUCUUCCUCCUUUUCUUCUUCCUUCACACACCUACACAUUCAUCUGUCUCUCUUCAAACACACGUACACAUAUACACACACAAGCUGAAAAAAAUCAUGGCUGGAAAUAAUGCUUCUAGCUUUGCAACAAUGAAUGCAACCGAGCUCGAGAAUGAGCUUGAUCAACAUCUCACAAUUUGGAGGCAGCGUGAUCCACAUGUCAACGGCAACUUCAGGCGCAACUGGGUCAAUUCUCUCGUCCUUUUAAGUCGACCUCUAUUGAACAUCCACAGAUACUCACGGCUUACUACAACGCUUGUAGCUAGGCAAUUUCCCUUCGCGUCCUGAGCUUCAGACUCUCCCAUGCAUCCCAUGUUGCGGCCGUAUCAGCCAAGGUAUCGACAUGAGUGGUAUCGCUAUUGGCUCUCAGCAAGCCCGCUACAUAAUCAACGUUCCCCCUGAUGCGCCUACACAUCGAGAAGCACUACGCAGUAUCAACUGCAAUGGCAAUACUCCGUGUCACCUCUGCCGUCAUUACAUGCUCCAUCGACUCAGCGAAUGUCGAGUUGCUCCGCAGAAUACUGGGUCUUGGGAAAUUGAUGCUCUCAGCAAGGCUGUCCGAUCCUACAAGUAUCUCAAUGAGUGGCAAAAAAGGAUGUCGCAACUUCGCGGCGACGAAUAUGUGCACAAUCAUCAGGACUUCCAGAAGUACCGAAACAUGCUGCUGUUUUGGAUGCAGAUUGAUAAUCAAUGGGGUUGGAUGACUGACGAAACUGUCAUUACUGAUGGAGGCUGGUCUAUUAUGUAGACUCCAAUGCUAUCUGCUAGUCUGCUGAAGACAGACAGGCUGUAUGGAAUAGUCUUUCUUAGGCUUGGGAUCACAAUCAGAAUCAAAUCUAUGUCCACUCAUACUACAGCAGGUUGUGUUCAUAUCCUGCCCCCCAAAAAAAUGUGAAUCAUGCAGUGCUGUACUCGCAGAGGGCGCUGCGCAGGUUGAAG